AUGUCAUCCAAAAAGGGACCCGGAAGAUUUGUAGCUGCUCAUCAAACCGAGGCUGCAAGAAGAGCACUUAUCCAACCCGUACCGUGUUGGGAGUACAAAUGGGUCGUACCGCCAGGUAUGUCGUCUGGCUCGACGUUGCGCGUGCGGCAAUGGGUAAAAACCGACAAGAAACAGGAAUUCUCCGACGACGAAGACGAAUCGCAGGUACCGCUCGCACCACUACCGCCAGAGGAGGCAGAUCAAGGAGAAGACGAGGAUGAAGAAGAAGAAAAAGAGGGUUCUGCGGCCGUACAGUCGGGCGUGGCCACGCCUCUGCCCGCAGAAACCUCUAUGCGUGGUGUGCCAGGUCUGGAUACUCCCAUUUCUGGAUCUGCGACUCCAGGGCUCAACGAGCCUUCUGGGGCGAUAGCUUUGACCAAUCGACUCAAUGCGACUGCGUCAAAACCCCAUCCGCUCUCCACGUCGUUUAUCCCAGACGAAGAGGAAAAGAAAGAGGAAGUCGAUGAUCAAGCGAUGCUGGAUGGAGGUGAUGGAGGUUUGAUUGACUCGAUGAACUUGGACAUAGGCGCUGUGGGAAUGGACGGCUUGGAGGAGAACCAGGACACGUUCAUGGACAUGCUCAACUCGGGGGAUAUGAUGGGGGACGGCAACCUCAUGAACAGCGAUAUUCUGGACCCAACUGACGAGCCAGUUCCACAAUAG